AUCGGUCGAUUCGGUUCGGAAUGCACGGAAGUUUUUCCCGGUAGGUAGCUCGCGACUUCGUCCCACCGUAUUCGGCGUUCGGUUUUUGGUUUCGCACGUGGUCUGCUGCUGAUGAUGGCUGUUGUUGAUUUUUAAUAGGGUGUAAUCAAACUUGUGUUGGUGUCAUCGUCUGCUACAGGUUUCCGUUGGUGUUUGUGUUCUUUUCUGUAGUACUACGAUAUGCGGGUGCCGUGCGAAUCGGACGAUGUGUAACUAUUUGACUAGCGAUUAUUGCUUCCGUUCGUUGUUGUUGAUUCUGCCUAUUAUUGGAAGAUAGUGACGUCGUCGUUUCGAAGUUUAUCGUCGUCAUUGAGGCGUUUUGGUAGGAUGAUGUUCACAAUGGAGACAGCAUAGUCUACCGGUAGGCGCUUACGAUUAAGCAAAGGUGGCUUCCGUUCAUUACCAAUAGAGAAGGUGGGAAGCAAGCAGCAGACGGAUGUGGUUGGAGACUGCUCGGCAUUACAAAAACAGACCGGUCGGAACCGAGCUUGACUAGUUUCGUAUCAGCUCUCGGGCAGGUCGGACUAACGAUACACACUCGAAGCGGUUCGGGACGGACGAAUUUGCGUUCUUUUAUCGUCGCUGCAUACCUUCGGGCGUGAAGUGAAAAAGUGUUUCUCGUUUCAAGAGUGAAAUCUGUGAUGGACAGGAAGAAAAAUUACUGUUCCAAAAUACGGGAAAACCCUUCAAAUUAAAUCUCUUCCCGGCUCGGGUUCAAGUUGGCAAUAGAACAACAAGCAAAAAAUCGACUGCCUACCUAAAGGCGCUGGAUGAGUGAAUAGAUUACAUUUUUCCGUGAAUCUGUUGGGAGCAAAUUCUGUUGUAUUGUGUUUGUGUUCGGCUGUUUUCCCUCAGGGCAACUAGCGGAAUAAAAGAACCAAAGCUGAAGCUCAACGAUGGAAAAGGACCCCGAAAAAAGUACACAAACAGACACACAAAAAAAUACUUCGCCCGCCUAAAAGUAUGCCAUAAAUCAUAAUGUAAUAAAUUUGUAACAAAUUUCUUCGUUUAUUCGGCGCGUUUUCACCCGCCGGGUGGCAUUAAAUCAACAAGGAAGACCAACAUUUUUUUGCACCGAGUGAAGAAAUUUCUUGAAUACAAAUUCAGGCCUUCGUCGCUCCAAACGAGGGAGAAUAAAAAAGAGCUGAUGACCUUUCCCGGUCAGGAAUUCCUUACAGCAAGUCUGAAUGUAGGUCGUCAACAGUUCACACGCAGCAAAUUCGCAACCCCGGUGUCGCUUUUAUCUGGCGAAUGAUGCGCGUGUAAGCGCUUUAGCGCAAAACGGAAUAAUAGUUCGAGGGAAUAACCGUUUCCCCUAAUGUGAUUAAUGAUGUGCAAAAGUGAUUAGAAGGGAAAUUAGGCCUGGUGUUGCUGCUGCUGUUGCCUAACUUUUGGCGUUUUGUUUCCCCUAAAAGAGAACACGCGUUCAUGAGCCAAACACCGUUCUAUACAUGGCUAAAUGUGAUGAUACUAAAUGUGUGUUUGAUUGCCCCUUUAAGCACAAAUGAAAAAAAAAAAUAAGUGAAGGAAGAAGCCUCGGGCGGCAAUGUUGAAUAAGAUUAUUCUUGAUUAAAGAAGAGCAGAGCAGAAGAAUUCCGAAAGGAAAGGAAAAGUGACGUGAAAUUCAGGGUGUUGAAUUCAGUGGGAAAACUUCGCCUCGGUGAAAGUCAUUCGGAGAGCAAUCAAGGGAAGAUUCUUUCGGGAUGAGUUUUCCUUUUCCCUAGCUCGUUUUAUUCUUUAUGAUUGCCUACAUUCUGCGAGGGAAGAAAAAAGUAGAAAAAACGAAAGGAAGAUAUUGUUUCUUAUCAAGUGAGUCGGGGGUGGGGGUGAUUCGGUGAGAGAAAUCCUUCGUCAAUGUCACAUUUUCGGGGUCGGCCGACCGUCUCCGCUCCUAUAACCUAAUAGAAUAGUGUGUUUGGGUUGAUGCGAUGUGGAUUGACAUCGUAGCUGUGGAAAAGUGAAAUUAUUUGUGCGUUGUGAUAAGGCCUCAUCGUCGUCAUUGUUGUCGUCGACGUCUGCUAAAUUACAAUUUGGUUUUCGUGAAAAUGGAUCAAAUGAAUAACAAUUCAAGUUUUCAAAGCACAACGCCUUCAGGAAGAAUGGUCAACUAAAAGAACUUCCAAAGCAUCAACAACAACCAGCUCCAGCUAGGAAGACGAAGAUUGGCCGCCGCGCCCAAAACGGCUGACCCAACUUUGCUGCCGCCAGCCAGAUGGAUUUCAACAAACCCAACUCCAACACAAUCGCCACGAUAGACAAAGGCAAUCCGCCACUUCCGGCCAGUCUGCUGCAUCCGCCUGCCUCCCCCACCAAUGUCGGAUGCUGUGCGAUAGGGCGUCGUUCGCCGGCCAGGCCCCCCUCGGAGAUUUACUUCGAAAGUCGGGGCAAGUGCUGCAAGAAGCUGCUCCGAUACAACGGAUACCCGAAUAAGGUCCUCUUAUACCCAGAAGAAGGAUGGGCUCGUAGUGCAGCUUCCAGUUACUGGACAAUUUCACCCUGCCGGUGGAGGCGAAAUCGGUGCAUCGUCGAAGAAGUUGCUGGAUCAAGAAAACAAUCCACCCAAGGCAAAAUGAUCGUGGUCGAAGAUGGCGCUCUGCUCAUAGUGGGUACCUUCAAAAGGCGGGUCCCGGAUCCGGACUUCAAGCUGUACCUGUCUUCGAACAUCACCCUGGCCGAUUACAACAUGGGCUACUGUCUGACUGGGACCCUGGAACGCGGCGACCAGCGCUCGAAUCAAUUCCAGACGACCCACUUUGCCGUCAUUCGGCGUUGCUGGCCUUCGACGGAUCCGGAAGGAGGAAUUGGCGGUGGAGGAGCCAACGGUAAAACCCAACACACCUACAUCGAUUUCCUGUUCCAUCGAUGAUAGACGAUGACUGGCUGAUGGUUGGGGGGCAUAACACUAAGAAAAUACAAUAUACGUACUACCAGAAGAAGGUUUAGCUUCUGACAAACAUCUUACUAAUCGAAAUGUGAUCCGGUGUGAGCAGAAUUGAUGGCCAACGACGAGACGUUCCUGCGAAAGUACAUCAAUUUCGGAUCGGCUCAGAGGAAGGUACGAAAAUUUAUGACCGCUUUUAUUGAUUUUAUAUGUCACGCCUAGGUAAAUUGUCGAUUUGAGGGGGUGGGGUCCAACAUGGAGCAAACGAUAGGUCAUAACCGUAACCUAGUCAAUGUCAUAAAUCAAGGUCGACCCGAGCCUGAGAGUAGACGUAAAAUACCAGUCGUAUCGUUGGCGUUUUUUUUAUGAUUGUCAUACCGAAAACACACACAAAAUCAACACAUUAAUGAAAGUCAUUCCCGGAAUAAAAAUGACUCAUAAAAAACCAAAACAAGGUAACAAACAAGUAUUAUGUACAGUCUAAGUGAAACCAAUAAUAUAAACCAAAGGUAAACGAGGCAGAAUGAUUUUUAUAUUUGAUAGAUGAGAUCAAUCAAAAGUGAACAACAAAGAGCGAGAGAGAGAUAGAGGGAAAAAAAGUAAGCAAGCGAGAGAGAAGAAUGAAACGUAAAAGUAUUAAAAAAUCAAACAUAAAACUAUUGAACGAGGCAUAUUUUUGUAGUAAUCGUUUUGUAAAUAAACAAAGAAAAAAGCAUAGCUUCCAUCACAAUGAGUACAUUCUCAUGCACGCACAUAAACACACACACGUACUCCUGAACACACAAACACACUCACGCAUACGCAAGCUACACAUCCGUAUAAAGGCACAUGCGAACAGAGAUUAAUGCAUCCAUUUUAUUAUCGUCAUUUGGGUAAUUAAUGAUGUGAAAAUUGCGAUGGUAUUAUUAUUAUUGAUUUUUGACACAGAUACAGGUGUGGACUGCCACGGUUAUUAAAACAUCGUUUCAAGUGUUCGGUUAUGAUUUAUGAAUUGAUAAAUUGAAUUGAUACCUCUGUUAUUUUAUUUUUCUAGAAAAAGAGAGCCUACAAUCAUCCAGCCGGAAUUAGUUAUGAAAGAUUGAAAAACUUUUUCCUCAUUAAGAUUUCAAUGGCCUUCAUUAUCAUUUAUCUUUGAAAAUAUAUAAAUUGAGAUUGAUUUGUUUUAAAAUUGAUGAAACUAUUUUUUUAACAGAAAGUAGAGUAACUUUUCAACACUCUGAACUUAACUUCAAUAAAUGAUUCAAAUUACUGAAAAUAAGAUAUGACUUUUUCUAGGGUAUAGCAAAGCUCAGAAAAGUGGUCUUCACUGUAGACGAGAUUUCAAUGAAGGAGCUGGGGAAAAUAAAUAUCGCAAUUUACUCAGGAUUUGGUUCCAGUAAAAUCUGAAAAGUUAUCCGGAGGAUGGAAUGCAGGGUUGAAACAGGUAACAACAUCAAAAGAAUUGCUCAAAGAACUGGGCUGCCUAAAAAGGGUCUUGUAAAGGAUCAACCGACAAAAGACCAAGUAAAUUCCUUUUUUAGUUUGUAACCACAGGUGGUAAACCCCGGUUUACAAAUUGUAUUCCAAGACACGGCGAGCCACCUCGUCCCCCCAGUUUGCUAUUUUGGGUCCAUGGGUGCAAUUGGACGAAAUUCUCCCCCUUACGACUCUACGCCUGAACUCUCCUCUAACGACUUGAGAACCGACAUCUCCUCGCAAUGACUCGAGAUUCCCACACAAACCUCUCCUCUUCGCGACUUGAGGCCUGAUAUCUCCUCUAACGACUCGAGAUCUGACCCCUCCUCGCAUCGACUUGAGGCUACCUCUCCUCUGCACGAUUCAAGGCCCGAUCUCUCCUCUAACGACUUGAAAUCUGACCUCUCCUCGCAAUGACUCGAGGACCACUUGUACCCCUCCUCUUGUUGAUAAGGGGGCCUGAUCCCUCCUCUUACGACGGGUCGGGUCUCGCCUCUUCAUAAAGACUCGGGGUUGACCACACAAACCUCUCCACCUGAAGGUUUGAGGCCUGACCUCUCCUCUAACGACUCGAGGCCCGACCUCUUAUCUCAAGGGUUCGAGGUUUGCCAACUUGCCCGUCGUGUGCCUGAUCGAGAGCAGCUUAUCCUAGACUCGCGCCUGUCACGGCACACGCGCGGGACUUAACGCAACGACUCGGAUGGUUCCCGACGAAGAUGUCAUCCUACUCCGACUCGAAUGGCUCAUCCGGCGUCGAGAGCCACUCUACCCGUGGGUAUUCCCCGAACGUGGAAUAACCCUUUCCCAACGAUUUCCACUGCGAAGAAGGUCAAAUCUUAUCCCCACAGCUUCUGUCGUUAAACCGCCCUACUCAGAUACUCCCGGAAGGUGGAGGAUCCUACGCACGAACGCGGCGCACCCACGGCAUCCGCUACGCAGAAUGUAUUGUCUUAUCUUUGUAGCUUCAAACCGAGGGGUCGGACGCACUCUACUCCACAGCCCCCCGUCGAUGGGGUCAGUCUACUCCGACCGAUGUCCGGUCUUCUUUAUCCCCCUUGGCUGGCAACCCUAUGAUUUUUGGCCCGCGGAUUUUCCUGCCUGUUGUGUGCCAGAUCGAGAGCAGCUUGUCCUGGACUCGCACCUGUCACACACACGUACGGGACUUGGAACGCUACGACUCGGAUGUUUCCCGGUGACGACAUCCUACACCGACUCGAGAGGCUCGCCCGGCAUCGAGAGCCUCUCUACCCGUGGGUAUCCCCCGACAGUGGUUAACCCUCUUCUCUCGAGAUCCGCUACUAGGAAGGUAAAGUCUUAUCCCCGCAGUUUCCCUCUUAGGAAGCGGCACUACUCGGAUACCCCCCGACAUUGGGGUAUCCUACGCACGUUCGCGGCGCACCCCUGACCGCCGCUACGCAGCAGAUGUUGCCUUAUCUUUGUAGCUUCGAUCAAGGAAUCGGACGCACACUACUCAGAUGCUCCCCGUCGAUGGAGUCAUCCUACAAUGGGAAGACUCACGAUAUGCUUCGUGUAUACCGCAUACUCCCUAAACUCCACCUGGGGCCGCAUACUUAAAGCAUAGAUCACGCAAAAUUUGGACGCAUUAAAAAGGGUCUAACUUGGAGCUUUGUAAACGAAAUAAAAGUGUUUUGUAAUAAAAAUGUAGGGUUUUUAUUGCACUUCAAAGGAAAAAUAAGAAAAAAAUAUUUCGAUGUUGUUUUGAUGAAAUUUCGAUCUUUUCGUCUAGAACCACUCGUCAUAGUUUGGACACCCUAUUCCCUGACCUCAGCGGCCAUUUUGUAGUAGUAGUGAUACUUUGUGCUGUUUCUCCAGGCUCACUAUUACAAGCAAUAUACAUUCCGCCAAUCAUAAAUUGAAUCAAACGCUCUAUUGCAGUAGUGUUUCAUUGUAGCAUAUGCACACCUUUUGCCAACCAGGAUUGAUAAGUCUGUUCAUUCAUUUCAGCAUUCUAGCAUCUAUCUACCACAACCACCUUUAUACCUGUCGUGUGCCGAUCGAGAGCAGCUUAUCCUAGACCCGCUCAUGUCGCAGCACACCAGUUGGACAUCGAGUCCUCAUUGGGGGCUUCUCACCUCGUACCUUGGGCGUGUCUUUAUUUUCAUAGCAAUAGACAUCAUCCUCUAGUAAAACCGAGAUGGGAAUGACGUCCGCCACUACUCAGGCGGCUUUGGACGAGAUGGUCCGAUCUCCACUGAUAGCCCGCAGGUUCAUCAGCCGCUGAACGCUGCUAAGUCUCUACAGGUUACACUGUCUUCCCAGGGCCUACCUCCGGGCCGCCGCUUUGUACCGCGUGGCCAUUGCCGCUCUUUUACACACGUAGUCGACAUAACUCGUGAAACUGAGUCUGUCACCCCUAGGUACUUAAUUGCUCGUUUGGACACGAUAUCGCACGGUCCAACUGCAAUGGUACUUGUUUGGGGUGAGAUCAGGUUGGUUAUCAGCACCCUCUCGGUUUUGAGUUAGGCAAGACGCAGGCACUUGGAGUGCAUGCAGCUUUCCACUGCCUGGAUAGCUACUGUGGCAAGUAUACAGAUAUGCCGUAACCCUCAUUUGGGUGAGCGACGACGCAUUCGGUGUCCAACUGACGCUGUUGAAGGCGUUCUUCACGUCCAAAGUGACAACUGCGCAAAGCGGAAUCCUCUCUUCUUCGUUUGCCUGGCUCUGUCCGUUAUCUUAAUGACUGAGCGGAUGGCCUCUACUGUAUUGCGUCUACGUUGUCUUCAGAAAUCUGUUGGCUAGCAGCAGGAGUCAAACUAGUUAGAGUUCACAAGUGACGUUUUUCUUUUAGCGCCCGACUUUUCUAAAGAGGAAGAGGAAGUAUGCGCAACUUGAGUGAUUCAACCAGUGGGGAACUGGAUGCGCUCCAAGAACCUACAUACGUCCAGUUCACAACAAAACCUAGAUACUGCCAUCUUGGUUUCGUUAGAGAACAACGUUUAUUGCUACGCCCGCUGUAAGAAAAAAAAAAACAUCACUAAGACCUUGCCGGCUUACUGAGACAGCUUAGAGAACCGUAGAUCAAGGAACAGAAAGCAUGGAGUAAAUAUUCAAGAGUGUCGUUUCCUGUAAGCGAUAGGGAAGCACGUGCUUUGCCAAUCCAUCGGGUUGGAUGUAUGGGUGAACGUAAUUGCGCCUCUCGCUAUUACUUCUCCCAGCCAUUCAAUUGAUGCGGGACUCAAUUGAUAUGCUCUUAGCUUAUUUUCAACAUCUUUCAAUUUUCUUCUAUUAAGCAUCUGCUUUGUCUAUCCGUCAUUUAAUUUCAAUCUUUAAUUCUUCUAUCAAGAAUUUUCGUAGUAAAAAGUUCACCGCAACGCCAUUAAACUAUCAUAUAAUAAAACUUUCUUUGCGGUGGAUAUCAUAGGAAUGAAGAAAUUUCAUUAUUAGACUUUUGAUUUCGGGAGAGCUACUUGGUUUGAUAUAGGAUGACUUCAUGGUCGGAGAUCAUCCGAGUCGAAGCGUUAGUAGAUGAACUUCCUUUGAGGAUUUCUGGAGCAUGUGUUGUAACAGACCUGAGUCCAGGACAAGUGACGUUUGAAAUACAAACGACAAUCAGAAGAUUGGAUCUCGACACAUUUCGAAGAGAGGUCAGGCCUCGAAUCGUCAAGGAGAAAGGUAUAUACAAAUGUUUGCUAGAGGUAGCUUUGUUCAUGAUUAAGUAUUGCCGUUAAAGCACAAUUUAGUCGCAGUUUUCACCCAAGAUCGACGAACAUUAAAAAAAAAAUAAAGCCCAACGCCUCUAAAAAUCCGCCUAUUUUGCAAAUAUACAUCCUAGAAACCACCUAGCAAAUUUCGCAUUUAGCACUCCUUGGGGUCGAUAUUCCUAUACAACACUGCAUUUCGGACUUGCAAAGACGCCGGAAGUUUUUCAACGGGUGAUGCAAGACACAGUAGAUAAACGGUUGGUCGAAGGGUUUGUUCGAACAGCAAAUGCCAUACUCAAGAAAUGUGUAGGGCAAGCAUAACGUUAGUCGAUGAAGUACCUAGUUUCUUAGCCAUAUUCCGUACUGAUGCCGGAAGUCGCCGUUGGAAGUAAUCCUUGAUUUUCUAGUCAAUUGUAGGGUUAGCAGGGCCAGGUUUCCUACCGCGACUCGGGGAAUCUGCGAAAGUACACUGCUCUCCUUCUUUGCUCGACGUGGUUUGAGAUGCUCAGACACUCACUGCUUCUUCCUUAGCAAGUUUUCUGAUGGAAAGACCACUCACAGUGCUACAUUUGUGCACAAUCCGUUUUCUUCGCUUGGAAGUAAAGCCACGCAUUUUAAGAUUUCUUUGGAAAAAAUGACAAAAAAUGACAACGCAUACUUCACUUGGAUGUAAACAACAGUACGCAGAUAAAAUUGACAAUUCGACGGUUGUUUUAUAGUGGAUUUAUUACUAUUGGAAUAGUUUAUAGUGCUUUUUACGUUGCUAUGGGUGUACUUCAAUUUUGUGUAGACUUUACUGAGUAGCAGGCCCAAGAGUGAUGGCAAGGCCUACUACAUAUCCAUUUUUUAAAUAAAUAUCUUUACUGACUGGUUGAGAUUAUACUGCAGGUCGAAAAUGAUGCUAAUGGGUCUCAUUCAAAAGUACUUUAGCUGGUGUCGUCAAGUGUGAGAAAUUUCGGUUUGGAGUAAGGAAAAAUGUUUUAACGAAGUUGAUCCAAGGUUGCAGUAGUGAGUACGCGUCGAAGAUGAUGGCUUGACAAGCGUAAUCGUUGAAAAUACGAUGAGUCAAGGCUGUGUGAACUUUGCAGGGGAUUAAGCGCCCUCAGCAUACGACUUGCAAUGCAUGGUCUGAAAAUCAAGAAUCAAUCAAGCUGCUGCAGCUGUCCGGUAUUGAUCACAGUUGCAAAUUCAUUGUUGGCUUACUGUUUUGGCUGAUUCUAUUUUGGUUUAUAGGUAAGCUUAAACUUCGGCAUUCCGUGUAAAUUGAAGUCCACAUUCAAACCUGGAAGUUUUAAACAGAUCCGCUGAUAGAUUAGGUCCCGGUUUUGUUCAGCAAAAGAUUUACCCCUCAAUAGACUGCCCCAAAUUUGUAUGGAAACUUCAAAACCUGAGAAAUGUUUUGCGCUGCAGGUUUCAAUUGAUCCUAGGCCUAGUACAAGAUCUCAUGGAAAAUUUGGACUCAAUCGAGGCCCAAUCGAUGAAAAACUGGGUUUUCAUGUUUCUCCCCAACAAAAUGUCUCAGAAUCCCAGACAAACUUCAGACUCGUUGAGCGACCCCUUCCCAUGAUUCGAUCUGGCCCAAAUUUGGCAUGAUAACUUGUACUAGGCAUAGAAUUAAUUUUAGCCUGCAGCGCAUAAUUUUUUAAAAAGUCGGGUCAUUUGGGGCACCUUACUCCUCAAUCAAUUUUUAUGGGUUAAAGUUUGAAGUUCGAAAGGUCAUUCUUUGAGGCAAGACAUUACACAUUAGAUCUGAUUGUGUCAUACAAGAACCUAUCAUAAUCAUAAUCAUAAUUCAAAAAUCCGGGCAAUAUCCGGGUAAAUUUGGUUGAAAUCCGGGAAUUAUUCAACAAAGUCAAUAAGGGCACUUGAUUUUUUUCACAUUAAAACUCAUCAGCAGAUUUUGAAUCGUUUUUUAGGCUUCCAAAAAACCUGUCAUGCUAAUUUUUAUAAAACUUGCUCAAUAAAUUUCGUUUUUGACACAUAAAUAAAAAAAAUUACAACACAGUUUGUAUUUUGUUUGUUUGAUUUGGCAAACAAAAUGAAUAAAUCCGGGCGAAGUCCGGGUUUUCCAAUAAAAUCCGGGCAACCAGCCGAACCGGACUUUGCCCAAAUUAUGUAUGGAAUAUCUGGGCAAACUUGAAAAAAAACGGGGAAACUGGCAAGCUUAACCCAUCAUGAAUACUAGUAUACUAUUGCUUGUAUUAAUUUUUUUCAAUUUCAGAUUUCAGAACUGAACAGAUUUUGAAAACUAUCUUGAAAGGUAUAACUAAUUAUGUUUAAUAUGAUUAAUGCAUGAGAUUAAUUAUUUUUUUAAAUAAAAUUUGAACAAGAAAUUUGGAUCCAACCCUCGUUGGAGUGCUCAUGGCGAAUACAAUUCAAAAAAAUUAAGUUGUGAGGUUUUAAGGUAUAAUUUUUUCUCAUUCAGCAGGUAAGCAGCAAGUAAAAAGUAAUUUAUAACUUAUGCAUGAUUUUGUCAAUCAAUACAAGAAUGUUCUUCAUAAAUUUGGUGAAAAUGUUAAGUAACAUCGAUUAAAUUUCAAUGCAUUUUCCAACUCUUCAGUACAUCCAAACACUUACAAAUCAACAUUCCAAACAAUCAAGAAAAACACACAAACUUCAUUGAUGUUCACACUCAAACAUUCAUCCAAAUUCAAGAAAUUGUUUUUCAAAAAAAAAUCAACUCUCAUUGAGCUCCAAUUCGUAAGAAAAACGUCCCAUUUGAGGUCUCCAAAAACUUCAAAAGCACACUAGGUAGUAGUUUGAAAAUUGAAAAAGUGUGCUUAGAAAAAUCUAGAUUGGAGACCUCAAACAAUUGUAAAACUAAUUCGGAAUUGGGAUAGUCCAAUCAAAGGAAACAAAAACAAAAUAAAUGUCCUGCCAGUAUCUAACGUCCAUGAUGAUAGUUGUUUGUAGAAAACCUCUAGAACUUAAAGAAACCAGAACAAAAAAAAUCCCGUGGAAGUUCAAAGCUUCACAGGGUGUGUAGAAAAAAUUCGAUAAAUAAAAAACUCCAAAGUCAUUGCUACAAAAUUUUAGGAAACAAAAAACAAAGCCGCAAAAACCUAGUGUGAUUUUCUAACAGAUGUAAACAGAGAGAGAUUAUUUUUUACUGUGCAGCUUGUGAUCAAAAUUUUGUUUUUGUUAUAUUUUUAAACCUGAAAUAAUUGUUAGGCUGUAGUGUUUGUAAAAAACGGUAAAAGAAAAACAGGAAAUAGCUUCAAAUGCUUGCAGUAUUAGUGGUAGUGUUUCAGAAUCUAAUCUGGAUGAGAUAGUUUUCUCAAUAAAAUGUAUAAAUAGAAGCUCAGUUUUCAGGUGAAGAGCAAGCGUUAAAAUGAAAUGCCUGAAGAAAAAAAACAUCUUCGAAUAAAAACUGAUUUAGAUUUAAACUAGUGGAAAAAUUUUAGUAAGAGAGUCACCACCAAAAACCCAAGAGCAUCAUUACCAAAGAUUUAUAGAGAUAAAAAAAAGCGUAGUUUUUGUGUCUCAAACCAGAAAUCAGAAAGCAGCUUAAGCAGUAGUCAAACCAUAAAAAAUGCCUAUAGAAAAAAGCAAACAGUAAUCCUUCCGAAUACUUUCCUUCACCAGGAAUCGAAACCCUCUAACAAAAGUUAUUGCAUCUACCUUUAAAAAGACGACAAACAAGCUUAAAAACUAACAUUUGUGAAUAAAAUUUAAAACGCUGCUUCAAAUCAAAACAGAAAUCAACAAUAUUCCAUUUGAGGAAGACAAAAAUCUUCUGGCCGGUAGUGUAAAAAAAUGGCUGAAUCAACAAAUAAAAAGGAAAUGCAAGAAAUUGCUUAACGGAAGUGCUGCUAUAUUUGGACAGAAUUUUUUGUACCAUUCGUAGCAUUUGUACUUACUUUAUUCGGUGUCCCGAUAGAUAGUUGAAAACUGGUGCGUAAACAUUUUCGAGUAAAUGUAGAGAACAGGAAUCAGGAUUUUCAUCAAAAUUUUACAAAUAAGAAACUGUAGCAUUGGUCAAUUUAAAGUUGUAUGAAGAAAAAAAACUGGAUUUAGAGACAUUAUUUCAAAGUGAACAUGAAACAGCAAAUUAUAAACUAAACAAAUAGUGACAAACAAAAUAUGCAAUGCUUACAAAAUGCAAAGAACGAUUUGAAAACGUGAGAAUUAAUUCGCAAAUCGAUGUACCCGUAGAUAUAAAAGUAUAAAUAUAUAUAUUUAAAUGUAAGAUGCUGCUACAAAAUGCUGUAGUGAAUAUAAAUGAAAAUGAAAGCGCCGAUUUUUGAACAGGAAAAUCAAAAUAUAUGUUGUUAUAAUUAA